AAAGGAAUAAUCAAUAAGAAAAAGAAAUCGAUUCUUUCAGAGUCUCUAAAAGUUAUUAAUUUAGCAGAGCAGGUAUUUGGUACAAACCAUGCUGGAAGCCGACUUGCUAAUGAAAUCAAUGAAUGGUAUUCAAUAUCUGGAAAAGUAAAUGAAAAUAUAAGGCAAGCCUGUGUCGAGCAUGGGCAUGUAGAUACUGGAAUGCACCCAAUUAUCAUGUUAAUGAUGUCAGAAUUGCCAGAGGAUGAUAUCACUGGAUUUGCGCAGCGAUUCUUGUCUGGUACAGAAAACAUUUUGCAUAUCGAAGUGAAGAAGGAUAUAGGAAAGAAAAAGGAUGGGCACCUAUUGUACUUCUACGAUAACUUCUUGAG